AUGUCCCUCCCAUCCAAAAUCAUAACUCUAGAAGAACACUGGGUUAGCAACCACAUCCGCUCCUACUACAAAACAAAAGGCCUCCCCGACCCAAACGACGAAAACGGCAUCGUAGGCACCAUGACCCCCGCCCUCCAAGAAUGGGGACCUCAACGCCUCAAAAACCUAGACGACAACAACAUAACAACCCAAAUCGUCUCCCACGUCUCCAACACAAUCCCCAUCGACUCCAAAACCUGCUCAGCCGCAAACGACGACAUGGCCGCACAAAUCUCAAAAAACCCAAAGGGGAGAUACAAAGGUUUCGCAAUUUUACCAAUGAACGAACCCGAAGCCGCAGCGAACGAACUGCGCCGAUGCAUACAAGACUUGAAUUUCGUCGGAGCUUUGAUCGACGAUACCACGGGUGGUCGUUUCUACGACGCAAAGUUUUUCUGGCCUGUAUUCCGUGAAGCCCAAGAUCUUGAUGUUCCCAUCUACAUCCACCCUUCCCCGAACAACGUCACGAAACCUUUGCUGUACGAUGGAAAUUACCCGGAAGCGAUCGCUACGGCAUUAUCACAGUUUGGAUGGGGCUGGCAUUCUUCCUGCGCCGUGAAUUUUUUGAGGAUGUUUUCCGCUGGAGUUUUUGAUGCGUAUCCGAAAUUGAAAAUUGUGCUGGGGCAUAUGGGGGAAAUGUUACCGUUUCAAUUCGAUAGGAUUGAGAGUAUUACCACGAGGGUUUAUCCUGCGGUUGGGGUGCAGUUGGGGAGGGGGUUGAGGCGGGUUUGGGAUGAGAAUGUGUGGGUGACGACGAGUGGGAUGUUUUCGCUUGCGCCGAUGGCUUGUCUUGUGAGGCAGACGGAAAUUGAGAGGAUUAUGUUGAGUGUGGAUUUUCCUUUUACGAGGAAUGAGUUGGGGUUGAAGUUUUUGAGGCAAUUGCAAGAGGAUGGGAUGGUGGCGGAGGAGGAGUUGGAGGGGAUUGCUUGGAGGAAUGCGGAGAGGCUGUUAAGGUUGGAGUAG